CUUAUGUCGUCAUAAUCACGAGACGGUGACCAAGGCCCAAACAAACCGUCGUCUUUAAAUGUCGCCGUUCACCAUGAAUGGCUUUUUCAUGAUUAAUGUCGUAUUUUGAGGAUGGCAAUGAUUUCAGUGAGCUAUAUUCUGUUGUGCGGACAGUUCCUGCUGCUGGUGACGGUGAUAUUAUUACAAUGUCUGGAAGGAAUUCACUCGCAAAACUCGUCGACAACGGAGACUCCGGCUGCUUCUCCUGGUCAGGGAGCUACCGCAUUCCCAUUCAGCGAGCAGCCGCCAGAAAUUGUGAAAUAUGAAACAUCGAAUGACACAGAGGGAUUAGAGUACAGACCCCCGUCACCGGUCGUCCUCUGUAGCUAUCUACCGGAGGAGUUCAUCUAUUGUCAAGACCCUGUGGAUCAUGCAGGCAACUACAGUGCCUAUCUUGAGAUGGGCCAUGGUUGUGUUGGGUGGGGUGGCCAGACUCAGAAAGAAGUGAAUCACACCCCUGUUGUGUGCACUGCACUUGAUGAUAUAGAGUGUGCCGGAUCCAGAGAAUUCCUCAGAGGAAACGUACCCUGCAUCAAAUACACUGGACACUAUUUCAUCACCACACUGCUGUACUCCUUCUUCCUGGGUUGUUUCGGGGUUGAUCGUUUCUGCCUGGGCCACACCGGCACUGCUGUUGGGAAGCUGCUCACCCUGGGGGGCCUGGGGAUCUGGUGGUUUGUGGACCUGAUCCUGCUCAUCACAGGUGGCCUGAUGCCUAGCGAUUACAGCAACUGGUGCACCUACUACUGAGCCUGACAGCAAAGUGUGACAAAGGACUCUGGCCACUUCUUAAAUAUUAUGAGUUGAAUAUUGAGAACUCUAGGGAUGUGGCCUUGGCCUGCCAGGGUUAUGACUCUGCAGGCUGGCUUGUUCUGUGGGGAUUUACAGUUGUGCUGUACAAAGUGGAGUCCAAGGACUUCCUGAAGACUCCUGAGAAAAAUAGAAAUAAUUGGAUUUUCUUUUCUAAUUUAAUUAACUUGAAAUUUACCAUUUUGAAAAUGCAGAACAAUUACUAUGGUAUUCACAGCAGAGAUGACAGUUCUUUUUAGUUCUAGAUUGUCAACUAAGGCUACUAUUUUCAUGUUUGCUUUAUUUGGCCCGUACCACAGGAAAAAAAAAAGAUUUAUUGUUGUCUUUUAGUUCCUGUCCUUUUGGUUUCUUUACCUUGAUUUAUCACAAGCAAACUAACAUAUCAACAUGAGCCAUAUGGACUGACAGGUAAAUCACUGAGAGUACCAUGUUGAUGAGUGUCAACCUGCAUCAUCAGUGCUACAUUGAUCCACAUGGGAAAAUGACACAAGCACUAUACACCAUUCUUUCAACUAAUGUAUACCACACUUUUGACAUAUGACUUACAUAAAUACACAUGGCAAGUAGCACGCAAGCAAGCACGUUAUCUGUUUGGUUAAUGCGUUUUCCUAUUCGGUUUGGUUUUUUAGACAGGUGUGAAGGCUGGUGCGGACUAAGCAACGGAGUCCACUUCUGACAUCCAGCCACAGGAUUUUAAGAUUGUAGAUACAGAAUGUGAUUUUAGCAGAAAUUCCUACUAUUAAAUCUAUUGUCUGAUUGUGAGCUGUGAUGAAGUUGAUCUGUAUAUGUUAUGCAAGAUCAUUUCGUCAUUUACAAGUGAAAAUAAAUUAACCAUAACGGCUACACAUAAUAAUGUCUUACUCGCUUGUUUGUCAUGUAUUUAAGUGCUGCAUGAUUUCUCCACAUUUUGUCCACGUAGCACAGAUGAUGCAGGAUGACAGGUGCCAUAACUGUCCAAUCAGUAAGUUUCCUUUCAGUCCAUAUGAUUUCAUGCUUACUCCUUGGUUCAUUUGUAAUAAAUGUGAAUAUAAUAAAAGUGUGAGCGCAAAUUAGAAUAGAACCAAAAGACAACAAUGUAUCUUUUUUUUCUUGGUUUGGAAAUAUGUGGAAAUGUCCAACAUUCUUUACUAGUUUAGGAAUUAACCUUUACAUCCUGGAAAAUUUUGGGUUUGAUCGACAAUUCAGUCUUGAUCUACCACAUGCUUCUUUUGCUACAGAAAACUCCAGCACUUCUUAUUUAGCAUUUUUCACACACUGUAGAGUGAUACACCAGUCACUGUUUGCAUACAUGAUUUUGCAUUUUAAGCAAGAAUCCUCUAUUCCAGUUCAACUCUUAGCAGCGAUCUUAGAACUAUCCUGUCAUUUCCUGAAGGGCAACAACCUUACAACCUAAACACUUCAAAUUACGUAAUAGCCCAGCUUUGACCCUUCCUUGUCCUCUUCUUCUGGAGGCUUUCCAGAUUCCAUAUUUUCUCUGCUGCUUUCAUGUGUUCCAACUGUACUUAGAUUGAUGACAGCCUCAAACAAGCAGGAACACACUAAACUAAAGAUGGACGGUGAUCACAUAAGUCACAUUGACGAGCUGGUAGGUUUUGACACAAGGAUGAAUUCCUUUACCUCAAAAAAAAAAAGAAAGAAAGAAAAAAAACCUACAUCUGAACUGUGUGGGAGCAUUUCACUCCUUUGUAUUCAGGUGUAGAGCCUGGCCCUGUCUAAAUGUCUCAAAGUAAAACAAAUUCAGAUUUUCAUUAGCUCUAUCCAGCUAAGCUCAGGUCUCACAUUAAAUAUUCAAAUCCUCAUCUUCCACUUUGUUAAAUUUCUCACUCUUACUUGAACUGAAGGUUUAUGUGCUCUUUCAUAGAUAGAGCAGGUUUCAUUAUCUAAAGAUCCAUAAAACCCUUUUAGAUCUUGUCAUAAAAAGUUGAAGAAGACAUGAUUGUCAAUGUGUCGACUGUCAUCCAGCAGCAGCAAUAUGGUUUUAGCAGGCAAAAUAUUUCCAGGUGGCUAAAUGUCUUUUGUAGAGAGAGACAUUGAGACGCAGCUAUACAUAUACAUGUAUAGCUACAUGUAGCUACAUACAUAUACACGUAUAGCUGCGUUUUUCCAUGUAGAGGGUCUUCUCCUUACUCUGAAUGUAGUUUUUUUGCUCUGAUUCUGUCUUAAAUCCAAAUCCAGCUCUGCAGAAAUGCCCAACGUUAGUAUUAGCAUAAAACAUACUGUGUUAAUGCCUGUUUCAAAACUCUCUUGGCUUUGUAAGAUACUGUAUAUAAUAUUGAUCUGUCUUUUUUAUUCUUCAAUUCUUCACUGUACUAUUUAUUUAUUUGCCUUAUGUUUUAUGCAUUGAGUCAGACAUGUUCCUGGGAUCAUUAGAUGAAUAUACUGUUUGUUUUUCAAAUGAUCUCAAUUGAUGUUUCCCUUAAAAUAAAAAAAAGAACUUUUAAAUUAAAGCUACACAUACACCUGGAAAACCAAAUGUUCCCUGUUACAAUGGUGAAAAGGAAUCCAAAGUGUCUCAUGUCGUGUUUAUAACUGUUCAGUCAUUAUGACUCAAUAAAGAGCACCUGGUGCAGUGUGUUCUCUUA